CCCAUUCCCACGCCGCCGCCGCCGCCGUCGCAUCCUCGCCCAUCUCCGCCGCGGCGCCAUGCUCCGGCUGCGAGGCUCCAUCCUCGCCCAUCUCCUCUCUUCUUCUCCAGCCACCUCUCCCGCAUCCCCUCUCCGCCGCCUCCUCUCUGCCUCUGCCGUAGCGCCGGCCAUCUCCCCAAGCGCCGGAUUCGCCGCGGAGGAGUACCUCGUCUCCACCUGCGGCCUCAGGCGAGAACUGGCCCUCAAGGUCUCCGCCAAGAUCUCCCACCUCAAGUCCCCAGCUAAUCCCGAUGCCGUCCUCUCAUUCCUCGCCGGCCUGGGUCUCUCCACCACCGACGCCGCCGCCCUCAUAGCCAAGGACCCGCUUUUCCUCUGCGCCAGCGUUGAGAGGACCCUGGCGCCCGUCGUCGUCGAGCUCACCGCGCUCGGUCUGUCGCACUCUGAGAUCGCGCGCCUAGCCUCACUCAGCGGCCGCCAAUUCCGCUGUAGAUCCAUCGUCUCCAAACUGCACUACUACCUUGGCCUCGUCGGCUCCUCCCACACCUUCCUCCGGGUUAUGAGGUUCUGCAAUGUCUUCUCAUACAGCCUCGAGAGGGUGGUCAAGCCCAAUGUGGCUUUCUUGAAAGAGUGCGGGCUAGAUGAUUGUGAUAUUGCCUGGUUGUGCAUCUCAACACCGAGGCUGCUCACCACCGACCCGAUGCGUGUCCAGACGAUGGUGACACGCGCUGAAGACAUAGGUGUGCCCCGUCGCUCUGGGAUGUUCAGGCGGGCUCUUAAUGUUGUUGCCUUUCUCUCUAAGGAGGAGAUCACAGCCAGAGUGGACUACUUAAAGAAAACGUUCAGGUGGACGGAUGCUGAGGUGGGCAUUGCUGUUUCGAAGGCUCCCACGGUGCUGGGAAGGUCCAAGGAAUCGCUUCAGCGCAGGUCCGAGUUCCUCAUCUCCGAGGCGGGCUUGCAACCGGCUUACAUUGCUCAACGGUCGGUAAUACUCGGUCACAGCCUGGAGGGCCGGCUCAGGCCCCGGUACUACGCUGUAAAGUUUCUCAAGGAAAAUGGAUUGCUCAGGCGUGACCCAAGCUACGAUACAAUUGUCAAGCUGACCGACAAGGUAUUCAGGGAGAAAUUCAUAUACCCUCACAAGGAAGCUGCACCACACCUCGAAGAGGACUAUGAUGCCGCUUGUAAAGGGGAAGUGCCGACUAAUUUCAGAUUCACAUGAGCCAGGAACAAGCUAUGAUAUAGCUAUGUGUUGCUUGUCCGCUGCUCAGAGAAGAAACCAUGGACUGAUUAUGAACAUUUUUGUCACCGUUCAUGUUUUUAAACACUCGUAUUGGAGCUAAGUAAGUGUGAGAUCAGGCCAUUAUGCAACACAUUAGAAUUUCAAUUCAAGUUAGCUGCUGGUACAUUGAGACAAUGAGCCAAGGUUUUUUGGAAGCAGCUGGAGGGGAUGUUGCCUCGUGUGUUAGCAUUUCCUAUUUAGGGCCCAAGGUUAAUUCACCUGGCUUUAGUUUAUUAUAUUUUUUCAAUUAUGAUUUGAUAUAAAAAAAUAAUUUGAUUUGCUCAUACAAAGAUUCAUAGCGACCUUUUUUUUCUUUUUCUUUAACUAACCAACCAAAUAUAUAUAUGUAUGCAUUCAACUAUGGAAAGUGUCUGGAAGUGAGUUCUCCUUUAUUUGUAUCGAUUUGGAGCCAUUGGUCAUACUGGAAAUACCUACUGGGCUGCAUGAUAAAAUGUGCAGGGCUCACAUCUGUACGCUUUCUCUAAAGAAAAUAUCAAACUCUCACAUGGAGGGGGGUUGGCAUCAUUUAAGUUUAAGUAAGUAAAUUUAGGUGCCUCUGUUCAUUUUUAUGCUAGUAAAUAGUAAUGCUAUUGAGACAAUGGAGAAGCACUUGCUGCUAGUGAUGUUAUCGAGACAAAGAAGCACUAAUUUUGUACUGUGUUUACUGGUAGUUUGUAUCAGUUUAUUUAUUUAUUUGUCUCAUGUAUGGCUGAUUCUUUUCUUGGGGCAUCUGAUCUCGAAACUGGCUAGUUGAGUAGUAGGCUAGUAGCAUUUCUUUUAUUGCCAAUUUGUAUACACUACGUAACAGAUAUUUCAAGUGCCCUGGUAUUCGUACCAGGUAAGCAAAUCGAUGCUUGUAUGGUAUGGUGCUGAAAAGCAGAGGGCAUUUGAUACAAUAAGGAAACUUAUGUCAUGGCAACCUUAAAAAGCGUCAUGACAUUACCAUGUUAAUUUCUGCCAUAUCGUUUAGCUAAUUUUAUUCCAUAUGAGCACUAUCUACAUAGAUACUGAGGGCAUCGUUAUCCCUUGGCAUAAUUUUUUACGAUAGUAAAGUGGUCUUAUGAACCAUCCUUUUUCGCAAAUUUCUAUCUGGAAAGUCGUAAUCGAAAAAGGAAAAAGCUGUGUGAGGAUGGUCAUAUAUUGGUUUGUUCCUGAUGUGAGGCUGUAGUAGUUGAAAGAAAUGAGAUCUCAGGUGUGUACUUGUAGUAAGGCAAAGGAGAUGGUCUAUGCUAAUACUGGCGAAGAGAUGUGAUUUAAAGAUCAACUGUGUGUCCCUUCUCUGGUGCUUUUUGAAAUUGUAGAAACAAGAUUAAUGAAAUCUAGGUGAGGGGAACGGGUCGAAUGAUGAAGUGACUUACCACCAGGUGAGAAGAUGAAGGGCUGGGCAAUAGAAGCAUGCUGAUUUACUGAAUGUGGAUGGUGCUUUUUUUCUUCUUCUAGGAAACGAGACGAAACAUGGCGGCAAUGGCUUGGCUGUACUAUACAUUAUUCUGAAGGCUCUGUUAGUUGAUGACGCCUUGAAGCUUCAGCAACAAGUAUGGCCUGACAAUGCAUGAGUUUUAUUCAGGGAAGCUCCUACUUUUCUCUUUUUUGCAUCUUGCAAGUUGAGUAAUCCUUCUAGUAUUGUACUAUAGCUUUGAAUAAACUAGCAGCAUCUGGUGCUUUAAUCAAUUUUCUACAUUUUGGUGCAUCUUCACUUGGAUGUAAACAAUCUGAACAAGUCACUCAUGCAUGUAAAAUGUCGGCGGUAUGUAAAUUUUGUACUCUGAAGUCUGAACUCUGAAUUUCAAUCAGAGCUGAACGUUAGCCAUGAACCUUUCAAACUUCAUGUGUGAACUUGAAACUUAUUAUACCCAAAAAGUUGCCAGCAGCUAAUAGGCUAAGCUUUUAUUUACGAUUUCACUUCAGUCUCUUCAGAGCCACAACUAUUAUACAGAAAAGAGUAUCAACAUUUUCCAUUAUCAUAGCAACAUAUGUAUGACAAGAGUUCUUUUAUGUUUUCAGAACGCUGGGACUGGUCUUAACUAAUUAUGAUGAGAAAUCACUUUCUUAUCUUAAAUACAUCAGUGAUUAUAGGAUUUUCUUUCUCCUGUCGUUUUCAUAAAUGUCCAAUUUAGUGUAUUAAAAUAGGCAUAUGUUCAUAUAGGUUCGCCAAAAGGGAAGUGUCAUUUUUACAUUGUCAGCAGAUAAAACUGUUUUACAUUGAAGUCUAAAGCAUGCAUUUAGUAUCUAAUGUAUUGAAGGCACGGUGAUGAAAUCCAAGUGCAAAUGCUAGUUGAUUAGCAUCAUUCUUAUUUCUGCAAUUUAUUUCUCCAACAUUUAUGCAUAUCCAUUUCGAGUAGAUAAAUAAACUUCACUAGUGAACUUACUGCCUGAAGGCAAUGUGCUGAAAGUUGAUAAUGAAAUACAGCUCCUGAAUUAAUCCCGAAAAUUAUAACAAUUAUCUCUAUGGAGCAGAGACGGAAAGACCACCGCGGACGUGAGGACGACCAGGAGAGCGGCACCAACUGGAGGAUGAUGUAGUACUGCUUCUGUUUCCAGAUCAAACUCAGCAAGGUUGUAUACCAACUGAACUUUUACACGAAGAGGAGAGCCUAAUGAUGAGAGAUCAGGGGAUUGAACAGGACUAUAAAUCGAUGAGUCUAAUAAACAGUGGCUGGGUUUGAACAUGGACAGGAAUCUCUUCCUUCCUAGUGGGGAAAGGAACAUGGCGACUGUUGGGGUUGAUGGGACACUUUGGGGGAUCCAGAAGGCCAAAAAAUAUGGCAUGUUUCGAGCUGCGAUCCCAGCGCACUGCUCUUUCAUGUUUGCUACUGGAUUAGCAACCGUUGGAGCUUGGUACAAGUGGAGGGAAAAAGGGGAGGCGUCGCAACAGGGCGCAAAGCUCAUGGCGUCUGAAGCGUUCAUUUUUCUUCCGGAAAGGAGGAUAACUCCCAGCCUCUGCCAUCAAAGCAAUGCACACAGCCAUCCAUGGAGGCAGGAGUCUUCUCUCUUCUGGGUGGCUGUAUUGUAUUGGUAUUGCUCUUCUCUUUUCUAUCUCUUGCGCGCCGUGCCUCUACUACGUCUACGUACCAGCUGGUUCAUCUCCGGUUAAUUUUAUGUUACUGAUGUACAGAAUGAACAACUUUGCUUCCAGGAUUGUAGAAUAGGCUUGAUUGCAAAAAAAUUAUGGUACCAUGGCAAUUCAGGUUACUCUGAAUCUUCCUCCGUGACUUAUACCCAAGUGACCAAGCUAUCUAUAGUA